UAUGUCUAUGAAUGUUCAUUCAUUUGUUCAAUCAUCAUCAUCAUGAGUCAAAGUAGAGUUCUAUCAUGCGGACGUUUGUUAUUGCUGGGUCUUCUUAUUACGCAUUUGAUUAAUAAUGCCCAUCCAACGAACGAGGCGAAGAAUUCUGAAAGUGUUGCCUAUGCCUACACAAUAUGGAUUGGCUCCAAUGUAACCGAAGAGUUAACGAUUCUCUUGAAUUCGCCGGUUAAUACAAAUUUUUACGACGCAAUGAUCCAGGCAGCUGAGCUGGAUUCCAGGUUUGCAUUUGAAGCUAAGGACACUCCGCUUGGACAUUAUAUAACAAGCAUUUCCGGCAUAAAAGAAGACGUUAAGAAGAAUGUGUACUGGCUGAUAUACUGCUUGCCAGACCAUCCGGAUCCAAACCAAAAACCUGGAGAAGAACUGAUGUCCCCAGUGGGUGUUGACUUUUUGAUUGUUAAAAACGGCGCCCACUACCUGUUUUGGUAUAGGGACGUUGAUUUAUCCAAAGGAGCUCAUUAAGGAAGCUAUUGAUGACAAAAAGUCUACCAUUUUGCCAAUUGUUCCAAAUAGUAUUUCUAUAUGAUAUUCUCUUAUAUAAAUUUGCAAAAUAUUUGGUAAUAAAUUGUAUUGAGAACAGA